AUGGGCCUCGACACUCAACGGUCUUUUGUAUUUUUAAUAUUUUUGGCGGUGAUAGAGGCUUCUUAUAUAGCAAACGACGUAGUGAGUGAUUAUGCUCAAGUACGAGAACUUCUAAACGAAUUCUAUGGGCGUUCAGCGAGACGGAUUGGAAGUGACUAUGACCCUGCUGCAAUCGGAAAAGAUGAUGGGACGGUGGUUAAUGACGGAACAGAACAUUCGGUCAAUCGAAAGUUGUGGACUGAAGUCUUCGAAAAUGAUAUUAUUUUGACAUUGGAUCAAGCUCAAAAACUACUACGAGAGCAAGGCCCACAUCCAAGAAAUAAACGACAGGCCGAGCCAAAUCCCAACAAGUUUUGGAGCAACCUGACCAUCUCUUACGAAUUUGCUGUCACAGAUUCCACUUGGCAAAAUCAAAUCCGACAAGCGCUACGUCAUGUUGAAAGCCAAACAUGUAUGCGCUUCCGCGAAGGAGGCUCUGAUCGUAAUCGCCUGCAAUUCAUCCGUGGAAGUGGAUGCUGGUCGAAUGUUGGUAUGAUUGGCGGAAGACAGCAAGUUUCCGUCGGUUACGGAUGUGAAUGGAUGGGCAUCAUCUCGCACGAAACGCUUCAUGCUCUUGGGCUAUGGCACGAACAAUCAAGGAACGAUCGCGAUGACUUCAUUUCAUUACGAUCCCAAUAUAUCAUUCGAGGAACGAUUGGAAACUUUGAAAAACGGACACCCCAAACCAGCGAUAAUAUUGGCCAACCAUACGAUUUAGGAUCUGUGAUGCACUACGGACCAAAAGCAUUCACCACUGAUUGGGGACAAAACACGAUCGCUACUCGGGAUCCCAACUUCCAACAAACCAUCGGACAACGUGAGGGCAUUUCAUUCAAGGAUGCCAAAAUGAUCAACACGCGAUAUUGUACAAAGGUUUGCCCACAAACCCUUUCGUGCCAAAACGAGGGUUACACUGACCCAAAUAACUGUGGCUAUUGUCGAUGCCCCAGUGGCUAUGGAGGCCGUUAUUGCCAGCAUGUGUCUUACGUUGCGGGAAGCGGAGGCGGUGAGCUGACAGCUUACGACUCGUGGUACCGGAUCAUCACCGAUUUUGUCAAACCAACCACAAACACUGUUUAUCGCAUCAAGGCCGCUCCGGGGCAACGCAUCGAGCUGCUAUUCGAAGAGGUUUCAUUCUUAUGCAGAGAUACUUGCAAGAGUUACGUCGAAAUCAAAUACAAAAACACCAAGACGCAAGCCGGUGCACGGCUUUGUUGCCAAAAGCCCGGUGUGAUUAUCUCAGAGGGUAAUGAAGUGGUGCUGAUCUAUCGAGGAGAGCCGGAUCUGCCGAAUGGAUAUCACGGCUUCACACUUCGUUAUCGCAUAUACAAAUACCGUGCGGCUAGUCGGACAACAAGCCACCGUACUUGGUUUGGACAUUGGAAGAAGGGGCGACAGGGAAAUGCGUUAGAUGGAUCGCCAGAGACGAAUAUCACCGAAAUUCCUGAAGCUAAACCAGUUCCACCCACCGAUGAAGAUGGAGAGGAGGCAACGGAAGCCCCAUCCACUAAAACCACCACAACAACCACGACAACGUAUAAACCUCCAGCCAAGACGACGAAUGGAGAAUGGGGAGAUUGGGGCGAUUGGUCGACGUGUUCUCAUGCGUGCGGAGGUUGCGGAACCCGCGUCCGUGUCCGUGCCUGCUACGGUGGAAAUCGAAAUUGCCAAGGGAAGAAAACCGAAGAAGAGUCUUGCAACAUACAUCAGUGCAUUUACCGCAAGAAGUAUGAGAAAUAUGAAGAAAAAGAAAAGAAGUUGGAUAACUGCAAGGGACAAAUUGUACUACCGUGCGAUUUGAUGGAAAAACUAUAUUUUGGCAAGAAAGUUAACAGGGUGAAGCGCUCCGUCAAUGAUUCCAAUCAAUGCGAAAGAUCAUUUACCUAUGCAUGCCCGACAAAUCUCCUCACGAUACAUGUCGAUUGGAAAGCUCCUAGCGAUGUUCAAAGCGAUCCGCCGGCUUGCUGUGAAGGCUACUAUGCUAGCGGCACCCAAUGUUAUAAAUAU